AUGAUUCUCUUUGGGUUCAAUGGCUUCGCCAGUAGGCUGAGGGACAAAAACUUUUGGAGCAUUGAUCAGAACAAGGCCACUUCGUCCACCUGGAGAUCCUUACUCUCACUGCGUGAUCUCGCUGCUAGGUUCCUACGACCCAAGCUUGGUAAUGGUCAGCUCCUCAGCUUUUGGCAUGAUCACUCGACAACACUGGGUCGCCUUAUCGAGAGAUUUGGAGAUUCAGGACCCAGGGAACUGUCGAUAAGCAUUUCUGCGAAAGUUUCCGAUGAUUGCGAUAAUAUAGGCUGGCUAUUAAGGGGAGCACGAUCUCCUGCUGCAGAGGAACUACAGACCUAUCUCACAACUAUCCCUCUACCCACUAUUACUUCAUCAACUGAUCAUUAUGUGUGGAAAGUAAAUGGGGAUGAGCUAGUAGAGUUCUCCACCAGUAAAACUUGGAAUGUGGUGCGGAACAGAGGAGUGGAGCAAGCAUGGACUAGAAGCAUCUGGUUUAAGGGUCAUAUUCCGCGACAUGCGUUCACAUCAUGGGUUGUACAUCAGGAUCGGUUACCAACCAGAUCAAGGCUUCUGAGAUGGGGUAUGAAUAUUUCUUCAUCUUGCUAUCUAUGCGGUACAGGGGAGGAGGACAGAGAUCAUUUGUUCCUGAAGUGUGAGAUCAGUGAAGCCCUUUGGAUCUUGGCGCUACAAAGGCUGGGAUAUUCAUUUCGGGCUUUCCAUACCUGGACAUCGUUUGCGGAUUGGACAGCUACAAGAGACUCGGUCACUAGCAGAACUCUCAAACAAAUGGUGGCACAAGCUACAACUUACAACAUCUGGAUCGAGCGAAACACAAGGCUUCAUGCACAAGAAUUCCGCACUCCAGCUGUUCUAUUCAAGAUCAUUGACCGUUCCAUCAAGGAUGCUAUCUUGGGCAGGAGAAAACUCAAGAAAUUUCAACUUUUGAUGCAACUUUGGAUACGCUAUGAGUAA